CACAACCACAGCCGCUAAUAAUCUCUUUACUUCACUCAAGACAAUCGAUAGAAAACAAACGCCAUCAUGCAUCACGUGUUACUAAUCAUGCAUUUUGUCCAACAACAAAAAAAAAAGGCAACUUCUUGAAGUCAGAAGGAGUGUCAAGAAGUAACCAAUGGACUCUUUUGGGUUUUCCAAGACAUGGCAACCCUGCCCAGUGAUGUCCACAGGAAGUUGUUUGUCUUUGAUCUUCGGGUGAGUCGCGACCCCUGUCUCUCUCCGUGUCCCUCCGAGAUGCCGAGCGGCGGCGGUGAGGCGGUGAAGGGGAGGAAGAGGAGGAGCAGGCGCCGCAGCAGAGCUCCGAGUGGAGACCCAGGCAGAGGCCAGCUCGUGUCCAGCUCUGUCCAAAGCGCGCAGCAGUGUCUCCUCCAGCAGGACUACGGCACCGCGUUCGUCCACUUCCUCCUGGCUUUAAACCUCGCCCCUGCUCUCAAAGACCUGGCAAUAGAUUCCUUUAGGUUCACGCUUUUGAAGUGGGCCGACGAGCUGGACGGAGUGGGUCGCAUCCAGGAGCUCUUUGACUGCUACGAGCAAGCGCUGGAGUUGUUCCCUAAAGAUGAGGUGAUCAUCAACAGCAUGGGCGAGCAUCUCUUCAGGAUGGGUUUUAGAGACGAGGCCGCCGCGCAUUUCUACAAAGCCCUGAAACUAAAGCCGGAUUUCCCCGAGGCCAAGGAGAACUUCUACAGGGUGGCUAACUGGCUGGUGGAGCGCUGGCACUUCCUAAUGCUUAACGAUAACGGGCGAAAUCGAAAGUACCAGCUGGCAAUUCAGAGGGCGGUCCUGGACGGGUGUACGAGCGUUCUGGACAUCGGAACAGGCACGGGGAUCCUCGGAAUGUGUGCGAAGAAAGCGGGUGCGAGUGAAGUGUACGCCUGCGAGCUGUCUAAGACCAUGUACGAGCUGGCAUGCGAGGUGCUCUCGGCCAACGGCAUGGCGGACAGCAUCAAGGUCCUACACAAGAAAUCGCUGGACAUGGAAAUCCCCAGAGACAUCCCCGGCAGGGUGUCCUUGGUUGUCACAGAAACGGUGGACGCCGGACUCCUUGGGGAGGGAAUCGUCGAGAGUUUGAUUCACGCCUGGAAGCAUCUGCUCUUACCGCCGGCUAACGCUGAAGGUGUUCCACUGUCCAGCCCUUCCCAGACCGGACGAGUCAUCCCCGCCGGCGCCACCGUGUUCGCCAUGGCCCUGGAGUGCCCCGAGAUCCGCAGACACCACAGGUUGUGUGUGAGCGCAGUCGGAGGUCUGGAUCUGUCCGCAGCAGGACACAUCCGCAGUCCCGUCAGGUGUUCGGAGGACGCAGACGAGUCGUCCGAGCCGUACACGACCGAGAGGCUGAGCCGUCUGCCCGGAGGCUUCACCGCCCUCACAGAGCCCUGCAGGGUGAUUCAGAUAGACUUCAACAACCCACAGGAGCUGGAAGGCCUGUGUCUGAGGGAAGCGGUUCAGCUACGUGUGCCGGUGAUCCAGGACGGAGACGUUGACGCUCUAGCUGUAUGGUUUGAGCUACACCUGGACCAGGAGAACAGUAUUUCCACCGGGCCGGAUGAAGACACGUGCUGGGAGCAGGCUGUUUACCCAGUCCCGACUCACUGCAGUGUGAAGUGCAGCGAUGAACUCCUGGUUGACGUUUCCUGCAGAGACACGUAUCUGAGAGUCUCCUGCGCUGGAGUAAUGAGCAGCAGCUCAAAUCUUCGCGUAAGCAGCAUGGAUGAAGCCGUCUCUGCUGAAGGUCCCUCAAAUCCUGAACUGGAGCUCUGCAGCGCUCUGGCCAGCCUCCAGACUCAUCACGGCUGUCCGGCUCAGUCGUUUACCCUGGAGUCUUCUGAAAUAGCUCUUCUCAACAACACUAAUUAUCACGAGUGCUUUAGGAAAGCGAUGGCCAAACUUUUGUCCUUCGAGUCACAGGAUAAAUCCUCCUCUUCCUCCAGCUCAAAGCCACUGUAUGUGCUGGAUGUCUCAGAGGGUUUCUCAGUGCUCUCCCUGAUGGCGGCGCGAUUAGGGCCGGUGCGAGCCUACAGCUCUGUGGAGAAGCAGCAGCAUCAGGCUCUCCUGCAACUCCUGGCCCGAGAAAAUGGAGUGCACAAGGACGCGCUGGAGUUCUGGCUCGGCCAUGUGGAAGACGACUCUGCCGUGCUACAGAGGCCCGAUCCGGAAAAGCUGUGGAGCGCCAUCGCGCUAGACUGUGUAGAGACCUGCGGCCUGCUCAGACAAAACUUCAUGGAGAAGGCCACCUUAGCCAGAUGUCUCCUGGAGGAAGGCGGCCGCAUUUUCCCCGAGCGCAUCGUGAUCCACGGCAUGCUGGUGGAGUCGGACACGCUGCUCCAGGAGAGCGCCGUGCAGGGAACCGAACCCACGUUGGGCUUCAACAUCGCUCCCUUCAUCAACCAGUUCACCGUGCCUGUUCACGUGUUUUUGGACCUGUCCACGCUGGAGUGCACACGCCUCAGCGAUCCGGCCGAGCUGUUCGUCCUCGACCUCAUGGACACCAAUAACAACUACACUAACAGAGACGUCCGGGUUCGAGCGAACACCUCGGGCAAGGUGACCGCCAUCCCCUUCUGGUACCACAUCUACCUGGACUCCGAUUUGUGCGUGAGCACGUUCAGGCCGGAUUCACACUGGAAGCAGGUGGCCGUGAUCCUGCAGCGCCCUCUGGUGGUGAACGCAGGUGACCGGAUCAGACUGAGCGUCCAGUUUCACAAAAGCAGUAUCUCCAUAACGGCCGUCCGAGAGGAGGAAGAGGAGGAGACUUUAACUCGUUAAGGAAAAGGUUGUGGAUUUGACAGAGUAAGGCUUCACGUGGGAAAGAGACAGAAGAAGAGAAACUCUUAAAGGAGCCUUGUAUUAUUUGUGCGCGAGGCGAAUCCUAAUGUAAACACAGAAGCAUCGAACAAAGCAUGUCUAAAGAAACUGCCUUGUGGGUUUUAUUAUAGUGGGGAAGGGGCGGGGCUUAAAUCAGGUUCUGAGAGGAAGGGGGAAAGGGUUUGAAUUUAAGAAGCAUGUCAGGAACUGUACAAAGAUGUAACUAUUACAGAUUUUAAAAUACUUAACAAACAAGACAGAGAUACACCUUGAAAGUGAGGAUGUGUCUUUUUUAAAUAUAUGCACUCGUUUUUUUUUUGUUGUUGUUUUUUAACACUGAGAUGUUUUUUAUCACCGUGUGCUAUCAUUUGAAUCAUUUCCUUGUGUAAAAAAAAAAAAAAAGGGGUUUCUUUGGAAUGAGCGGAAAGUCCAAAAUGCAUGAACCACAGAAUAUUAAAAAAAUCCUACAAUGUGAUUUCCUGGAUUCUUUUUCUUAUUUUGUCUCUGAUAGUUGAGGUUAAGUGGGAGAACUUGCACAAUCGGUGGCUCUUUGCCCCACUGUACUGUAUAUAAAAGGUGUAUACAGAGUCGGCCAAAAAUAAUUUAUACACACUU